CUCCACGUGACCGCGGCACGUGACCGGGCAACAACAAACCAGGGCACGUGACCGCGGGCGCUCGUGCCGCCUCGCGCCCCCCCCUCAGCCGGCGCCAGGAGCCCGAGGGAGCCCCGCGGGGCGCGACCCGCCCGGCCCGUGCCCUGCCCUGCCCUGCCCUGCCUUCCCUUCCCUUCCGUCCCCGUCCCUGCCGUGUGCCGCGCACGGCCCGCCCCUGCCGAGCCAUGACCGCGCGCGGUUCCUCUGCACUCCCCGGUCGGCGGCUCCCGGCAAAUGGCGGCUCCGCCGUUCGCUCCUCGCCAGCCGCGUGAGAAGCCCUCCGGGCUCGCUCUCCGUCAGGGUGUCGGACAGACCGUGCCCCUUCCCGAGAGCGAGCUCCCCGCAGCAGGGCCCUUUGCUGGGCUGUGCGGCACCUGGCCGGGGGAACCCGCCCGCCAGGGCCGCCCCUGAGCCCUUAGCCAGCCGCGGAGCGGGGCCGGGGGCUCGGAGCGGCCUCUGUGAGCGCACGGAGCUGAGGCUGUGCACAGGGCACGGCCGCUGCCUGCCUGCCAAGGGAGCACACCGGCACCGCGGGCUCUUGGCAGGGGUGCUCCAAGCCUCCCUGCCGGCUGGGAGAAGCCCGCUGGACCAGUGCCGAUGGAUGCGAUCCUGAACUGCAAGCCGGAGGACCUGGAGGAUUACUACAGCUUGCUGGGAUGCGAUGAGCUAUCGACGGUUGAACAGAUUCUUGCUGAAUAUAAGAUUAAAGCCCUUGAAUGCCAUCCUGACAAGCAUCCUGGAAACCCCAAAGCAGUGGAGGAUUUCCAGAGGCUGCAGCAGGCCAAGGAGACUCUGACCAACGAGGAGAGCCGGGCGCGUUACGACCACUGGCGCCGCAGCAAAGUCACCGUCCCCUUCCAGCAGUGGGAGGCCCUGAGCAGCUCCGUCAGAACGUCAAUGCACUGGGCUGUCCAAAGUAAGAAGGACCAAAUGCUGGAAGCUCCUGACUUUGGUAAUACCAACAACGUAACUGACGAGAUGCGGGCCCGACAGAUGGAAAACAGUGGAGAUGGAUUGUUGGAAGGGAGCAGGGAACAGGAAGAUGUUGCAAUCCCUGAUGUGAAACCACAGUCUUCAAAGAAUCCAGACUCCCCAAGAUUUUCAGAGGGGAAUUACUGGCACUUGCGUUUCCGCUGGUCAGGUGAUGCUCCGUCAGACCUUCUGAGGAAAUUCAGAAACUAUGAGAUCUAAAAUGAGAAACACACAGGAGCAUGAGAUCAUCUGUUCAGCGUUCCCUUUGGCUUUUUUAACAGCAGUUAUAAGUUAUUUGUAUUUUGUAUUCUUUGUUGUAAUGUGUUGUUCUAGUCAAUGUCUAAAUACUGAUUUAUCACACAUGCUGUGAGCGUUACAGAUGGAGACUUUUCUGUUCAAUAACCUUUUCAGUAUUAAUAUAAAGUGAUGUUGUGAAGUUAUCUAACAUCUUGUAUGUUGUUUCUUAUAUUCUCAAAUAUUGUGUAGUGAUUAAUAUUUCUUUCAAUAGUGUGAUGUUAUAAAAAACAUACUCUCAGUAGAACUCUGGCCUCCAGGGUGUCCUACUCAGAGAGGAUCUUCCAAAAGCUUUAUGACAAUGAACUGGAAACAGAGCUGUGCUUAUCUCUUAACUCUGUGCUCUGCUUCACUUCUCCAUUGCAUUGUACUCAUUGCAGUGAUUUAUAAUGUACUCAUUACAAACUUGUAGGAGAGUUGUGAUCUUACGUUAUAGAUGAAAUAGGAAGGUUCUUGUUAUCCAAGGUCUCUGUGACAGAUCAAGCACUCCUAAAAAUCACUUGUCUUCUACCUUAACAAGAAGACUUUUUGCACCAGCUGUUUGUUUUGGAAGGCAGUUUCAGAACUUCUCCAGAUAGGAAUUUUUGUCUUGAGAUGUAUUGGUGGAAAACUGAUCCCCUGUGUAUGUGUGCCAGCAUUGUGCCGUGGCUGCAUAGCGAUUCCCCUCCCUGCUCAGGUGUGCUAGACAUGGUUUUACCAGGGUUUUGUACAGUGAGGAGUGAAACAUCAGACCAGUCAGCACUAAUGUCUACAAAAUCUCACAUGAAAAGUGUUUGGUACUUUGGGCAACUUUUCAAAUUCAUUGUUGUUUAUUUAUUUUGUGUUUGUUUUCUUCUUUGCAAACUUGGCUAAUAUGUCAGUUGUUGACAUUGUGGUGUUGUGCAGGCAGGUAAUUCCAUCAGCAGCAAAUAAAAAUUCGUGGAUACAGAAAAA